AUCAGGGGAGACAGUGAGUUGUAGAUUGAGUGGAAGUCGGUGGAGCUACACAUUCAAUCACAGACUUCCCUGCUCGUCUGAUGUCUGUUACUUAACGUUUGCGGUAUUUUUCUGCCGGUUUUCCUGUCGCUGCACAUCUUUGACGUGCAGCCACAGGUUGACCGAUUUAAUCCCGUCCCUAUGGAUUAUUGCUCUCCAUCUCUAAGCGAUUGUCACUGACGAAAUCGAAAUGGGCCCCGUCGAAAGAUCCCCGGUGAUUGAGAAAGAAACGAACUGAUCCCAUCAAGUGGAGCGGAGACGGAGGCAACGUCUGUGGGGAGCGACGCACAAUUUAGCGACACAAGCGAGGGACCUGUGGAGGGACCAUAUGAAAGGAGGCCAAGCAAAAAGAUGACGGGAUGGCCGUGACAACAUGAAAAAGAAAAAGUGUUGUGGUCUAUUUUCAUCCAGCCAGUGAUUCAACACAACUAACCUGGGGGACAGGGACUGAGAGAGAAAAGGUAGAAGACAGGUGCGUGGCCACAUCUGUGACCAUGGAGCCUCCCCCCUCUCUGAGCUUGGCUCUGCUCGGAGGGAGUGAGGAUGAGGACCAGCGCUUCCUCCUUCCCCUGGGUAGUAUAUCCCAUCCCUCCACCGCAGGCAACCAGCCAGGAUCAAACCACUCCAACCGCAUGGGAGGAUCAAGCCUUGAUCGUCUAAAUGGCAGCACCCCGUCCCCGUCCGCUACCACGCCCAAUUUGCUUCCAGCAUCACUCCCCAAGUUGCCCCUGUCAUCCUCUGGAUCCCAGCCUCUACCCCCACCCAUCCCCAACGCCCUGCACCCCACCAGCACCCCGCUCUCCUCCUGCCUGGGCUCACAGCUCAGCCUCAACGGAGACAACCCCCCAGGGUACAACGCUCUCUAUUACUCCUCCCAUUCGCCCUCCAUGGAACGGGAGCGUGACAGGGAUAGAGAGAGGGGCUGCAAACACAGACAGGCCAGCCCUCUGGUUCACCGUAGGGACAGUAACCCCUUCACGGAGAUCGCCAUGAGCUCCUGUAAGUACACAGGCGGGGUCAUGAAGCCCCUGAGCCGCCUCAGUGCCUCCCGCAGAAACCUCUCGAAUCAGACAGCAACAGCGAAACCAAAGAGGGUGGCGUUUCAGCUGUUGCCGGGGCAAUGGCAACUGGGGGUCAUGACCGACAGCAUGAAGCCCCACCCACCUCUGGUGGCCCAGUCCUCUGCCAAUCAGCCCCUAAUUCAGAGCCCUCCAGAGAUUGUGAUUUCAUCCAGAGAAGACUCGCCGUACCCCACAGCAGGGUAUGACAUCACUGACUCCACUUCCAACCAGAUGUCCAUCUAUCACCAGAACCACGCGCUGGUGGAGAGCAGGCGGGCACAGUCAGUGAGGGGCAGCAGGCAGUCAGGGAUCGGGGCAGUGGGGUCCGGGGCCAGAGGCAGCACUUCCAAGGUCUCCAAACGGAAGCACCAAAACAUUGGCUAUAAACUGGGGUAUCGCAGGGCACUGUUCGAGAAGAGGAAGAGGCUGAGUGACUAUGCCCUCAUCUUCGGGAUGUUUGGCAUCGUCGUCAUGGUGAUUGAGACGGAGCUGUCGUGGGGCGUGUACACCAAGAGCUCGAUGUAUUCUCUGGCCCUGAAGUGUCUGAUCAGCCUGUCCACAGUCAUUCUGCUGGGCCUCAUCAUAGCCUACCAUGCUCGGGAAGUUCAGCUGUUUGUCAUCGAUAACGGAGCUGACGACUGGCGCAUCGCCAUGACCAUGGAGAGGGUCCUGCUGAUCAGUCUGGAGCUGCUGGUGUCUGCGGUGCAUCCGGUGCCAGGGGACUUUAAGUUUCAGUGGCGGGCGCGGCUAGCCUUCUCGUACGCGGCGUCGCAUGCCGAGGCCGACCUGGACAUGGUGCUGAGCGUGCCCAUGUUCUUGCGCCUCUACCUCAUCGCCAGAGUGAUGCUCCUGCACAGCAAACUCUUCACAGACGCCUCCUCCAGGAGUAUAGGGGCCCUAAAUAAGGUGCAUUUUAACACACGGUUUGUAAUGAAAACCCUCAUGACUAUCUGCCCUGGGACGGUGCUGCUGGUCUUCAGCAUCUCUCUGUGGAUCAUCGCUGCCUGGACCGUACGGGUGUGCGAGAGGUAUCACGAUGCACAGGAUGUGACCAGUAACUUUCUGGGAGCCAUGUGGCUUAUCUCCAUUACCUUCUUGUCCAUCGGCUACGGAGACAUGGUUCCUCACACCUACUGUGGCAAAGGAGUCUGUCUGCUCACCGGGAUCAUGGGUGCAGGCUGUACGGCUCUGGUGGUUGCCGUGGUAGCCAGGAAGCUGGAGCUGACCAAGGCCGAAAAACACGUACACAACUUCAUGAUGGACACGCAACUAACCAAGAGGAUCAAGAAUGCAGCGGCUAACGUGCUGAGAGAAACCUGGCUCAUCUACAAACACACCAAGAUGGCGAAAAAGAUCGACCACUGCAGAGUCCGCAAACACCAGCGGAAGUUCCUCCAAGCUAUACAUCAAUUACGCAGUGUGAAAAUGGAGCAGAGGAAACUCAGUGAUCAGGCCAACACACUCGUGGACCUCUCAAAGAUGCAGAGCGUCAUGUAUGAGCUCAUGUCAGAGCUCAACGACCGCAGCGAGGACUUGGAGCGUCAGAUGCUGUCCCUGGAGCAGCGGGUCGAGCAGCUCACCGCUGGCUUCAACACCCUGCCCGCCCACCUCUCAGCCACCCUCAGCGCCCAGCACGCCGCCCUGGUCCACUUGCUAAGAGAGAGGGAUGCGAGGGACGGGAGAGGGGGUUUUGGAGGAGGUGCUGUUGUCCCAAUCGCCCCAGUUGUGUCUUUAACCGCUGCACCAGCUUCAGUUUCCUCAAUCCAGGUUGCGUCUCCAGCGCCGCCCCCAUCCCAGGUUCCUACUUUGGCCUUGGAGGCCCCUGUGUCGCCCCCACCCCUGAGCUCAGAGGGGAGCCUGGAGGCUAGUCCCAACAGCAACACCUGCCCUUCUAGCUGCUGAAGACAGCUCUGAGGACCAGGAGAGGACCAAUAUGGAAAGAACAUAGGGAGGGGGAAGGAGAGAAACGUGAGGUGAUCCUCUGAAACUACAAUCUAUGAGGGUGGGUUGAGGAGGGGACUAUGAGGAGAGAUAAUAGGAUUAAGAUGGAGGGCCAGUAUGAACGAUGAGACAUGUUAAGGACUUUGGGGCGCUUUUCUUGACAAGGGGAGGAGAAGAAAAAUGGAGACUCUAAAAGGUGUGAGGGGGAGAAAGAUUGUCAAGAGUGUGAGGAAUGGAGGUAGAAGGGAUGAUGAGGGGGAAGGAGAGAGGAGGAGAAAUAACGAGGAAUAAUUAUAUAAACUCAGCGCUCCUAAAUGGAUAACACCCCAAUUACUGAAAAGGGCCUUUUAUUCUCUCUCUCCUUCUCUCCUUCUCUCUCUCUCUCUCUCCCAAUCUCUCUCGCCUUUCUCCCGAUCUCUCUCUCUCUCCCCUUUCUCCCAAUCUCUCUCUCUCUCCCUCUCUCGCCUUUCUACUGAUCUCUUUCUCUCUCCCUCUCUCUCUCUCUCUCUCUCUCCCCCCUUUCUCCCGAUCUCUCUCUCCUUUCUACUGAUUUCUAUCUCUCUCUCUCUCUCUCUCUCUCUCUCUCCCCUUUCUCCCGAUCUCUCUCUCUCUCUCUCUCUUUUCUCCUGAUCUCUCUCGCCUUUCUCCUGAUCUCUUUCUCUCUCUCUCUCUCUCUCUCGCUCUCCUUUCACCCAAUUUCACUCUCCCUUCAUCAGGAAUUAAUGACCAUGACUUUUUAUCCUUAUGAUGUAUUUUCUAUCUGAAUGCUAAUUGUGUGUUAACGAGCAUCCCUUUAACAGAAGAUUCAAUCAAUAUGACCAAGAUAUAAAAAAAUUAAAAAAACUAAUGGUAUGUACUGCACACACACACAUACACACAACUUAUAUUGCUGCAUUAUCCACGCAAUACGAGUUAACCCAGCACAAACAUAAACACACAAUCUUUUACAAUGCAGGCCCUUUUUACACUCACUCAAAGAAAGUGUGCGUCGUAGCCCACACGAUGAUACUAAAGCCUAUACUGCCAAGCACUCAAUGCACUGCCAAGCAAUGUUGACACACUGUAAGAAACGUUCAUCCAAUCGACUUCUCUUGAGUGGGUGUGACCUAAUGCAUAGUUUGACAUGUUAACUUCUCAGUUUGGAGAACCGUAACCGUUCACUGUACGACACAAAUUACAGAUGAAGCUGAAAUAAGUUGGUACGACACUGAGGGACACGAGUCAUCGUGACUCCUGUUUGUGACAAAGAUGACGCAGAUGAUAAAAUAACCGAACACAACUACAGCAGGACUUUUUUAUUACUGCGUUUAUUGAAUUACAGAUUGGGUUGAACCGAUGUGUACUUGUAGGUUUGCUGUACUGAAAUUAGACUUUUGAGUGAAAUGCUGAGAGUUUCAUUUUAUUUCUGUUUUAUGUUACUUGUGAAAAAGAAUAGUUGUAUCAAGUGCGUUAAUACUGAAAUGUUUGUCCGGAGAAAGAAUAGAUUACAAAACAAAUAUUGGCAUUUCAAUCUGGGUGAUUAAUUGUUGAAGAAACACAAGACAGAGCUUAAACAUCUGCAUUUGGUGACUGUUCAGGUAAAAUACCAGUUGAAACAUUCUCCAUCAAUAACAAAUGAUCUGCUUAUUAUUUUACUUGUCAUUGGACUCAGAUGACUGGGAUGCUGUCGUAUCUAUUGUUUUGCUUUAAUUCUCUGAUAAAUAGUUUUACUUAAAAUGACUAAAAUGUAGAUUUUUACAUUGGUAAUUCAAUUGAAUUUGAAGUCCAACAAUUGUUUUCGCUAUGUGAUUUAUAAGUUUGUGUGAUUAAUAUUGUUUCACAGUGUACAGUUGUGUCUAUCACUCUUUAUGAAGGGAAGAAGACCUCACUCACUGCAUUCUUUUUCAAGCGUGCAGUCCCAAAACAACGCACUGUUAUCAGGAAUGUAUUCUGUGUAAAGAAAUACACUCAAACCCACUUUCUUGCUCCAUCACUUAAACUGCCGUGCAGACACAGGAACAGACACCUGCACGCACGGACACACGGAUAUACACACACCUCGACAACCAAAGUGCUCUCUCUUAAAUGGACGUUAAUCGGAAGCAGGGAACGCUGCUGUUCGAAGGGACAAAAGAUAGCAGGAGGCGUUGCAGAUAUCUUGACAAUAUUUCUGAGGGAAUGACUGAAAAUGGGUAUGGACUUGUUACAGUGCUGUACAUGGACUGCUCUUCACUGAUUUAAAACAGAUCAAGGUGGACAAUGGAUGAACACAAAUAAACCUUAUAAAGGAUUGAUGGCCAUGAAGGAACAGCUGUUUAUAACAUAAAUAAAACAUAGAAAGAAAUACUUAGGUAUAUCUGAGAGCAAUUAUAAUGGCGUGAUGGGAAAGAGACAAGCCUACCCAUUGGAGACAAUAUCGAAAACUGUCUUAUAGCGACACGCUGUGGCCAGAAUAUGAAUUACAUACGCUUGGAAUAUUGUCUAGUAUGCUGUUAACGAAAUCUAGCUUUGUAUUGCUUAGUCUUUUCUACCAUUAGGAUUAAACACAGUUAUAUCUGAUAUCUAUUAUUACUAAACUAUAGUAUUCUUCUCAUUCGUCAUGACAAUUAUGAUAUAUGUAUUAACAAUGCGUUAAAUAAUUUUGAACAAGGAAAGUGCCGUUUGAGGUUGAAAUUAUUUUGUAAUUUUUAUUUUAUCAGAGAGAAUUAAUAAACUAUAUAUCUAU